GGACGGAUGGAGUUCCAGUAUAACCCCCAAUCAAUUGAUCGUUAAAACCCUCACCGGUCUUAGAGUCAAAGGCGCAGCAUUGGUUAGUUAAACUGACACUUAAACCUUUGCGGCAGGAACAAUCAUAAUAGUUAACAAUAACAAUGGCAUCCAAUUCUUCUGAAUCUGGUGAGCAGCAAGCAGCUACAACAAAAAUUCAAAUAUACCCAACUGCUAAUUCUGGAAUUUCUUCCUUCUGGAAAGAUAAAUAUGAAAAAGAUGCUAAAAAAUACUGGGAUAUAUUUUAUAAGCGUCACCAAGACAAAUUCUUCAAGGAUCGACAUUACUUGGACAAAGAAUGGGGUCGUCACUUUAACGGGCCUGGAGGAAAAGUUCUUCUAGAGGUUGGAUGUGGGGCUGGGAAUACUAUUUUCCCUCUUCGUGCUACAUACCCAGAUGUCUUUGUACAUGCAUGUGACUUCUCUCAGAGAGCUAUAAGUUUAGUGAAGUCGCACAAAGAAUACUCAGAGACCUCUGUAAAUGCAUUUGUUUGCGAUCUGACAAAUGAUGACCUGAGCAAACAAAUACCUUCCUCGUCUGUGGACAUUGUGACUAUGAUAUUUGUCUUGUCUGCAGUGUCGCCUGAGAAAAUGUCACUAGCAUUACAAAAUAUCAGAAAAACUCUCAAGCCAAAUGGCCUUGUACUAUUCCGUGAUUAUGCCACUGGUGAUCUUGCUCAGGAGAGAUUUACAUGCAAAGAUCAAAAAAUCAGUGAGAAUUUCUAUGUCAGAGGUGAUGGUACACGAGCUUUCUACUUUUCUGAGGAAUACCUGGCACAUUUGUUUGAAGAUAAUGGAUUUGUUACUGAAGAAAUUGGGUUGUGUUGUAAACAAGUAGAGAAUCGAUCUCGUGAAUUGGUUAUGAAUCGACGUUGGAUACAAGGUGUAUUCUGUGUCGCGUCAAUGGAGAAUGAUUUUGACCUAAGUAAGAGCACCCCUGAUAGAGGAAGUACUGAAAUUGAAGUGAAGGAAACUGCUACUGAGGUGCCUCUUACUGUAGAAUUUGACUUGUCAGAAGGCUUGGCUGCACAAAUGUUUGGUGUUUCACCUUCUAAUGAUGAGGUUAUCGAUAUCAGUUUUGGAGACUUGAAUUUCAAGAUUAAGGUUCUCUCCAAAGAGAAUCAGCACACUUGUAGAUCUACUGGCUUGAUGCUGUGGGAAUCUGCUCGUUUGAUGGCUUCUAUCCUUGUUGAAAAUCCAUCUAUUACAGCAGGCAGACGAGUUUUGGAACUAGGUUGUGGUUGUUCAGGCAUAUGCUCAAUGAUAGCAGCUCAGUCUGCACAUCUUGUAGUAGCCACGGAUGCAGAUGCUAGUACACUUGACUUGUUAACACAAAAUGUCUCUGAAAAUCUCAAAUCAACACAGCUUGACAAAUUAUUGGUUAGAACACUACACUGGGGUAAUCAAGAACACAUCGAUGCGAUCAAAAAAGAGAAUGAUAGAGGCUUUGACGUCAUCAUAGGUACAGACGUGACAUACAUUUCUGAAGCUAUAUUACCCUUGUUUUCCACAGCUGCAAAGCUUCUAUCAGUUGAUGGCGCCUCUGGAGUGCGGUCAGAACCAGCCUUAAUUCUCUGCCAUGUCUUACGAAGAGUGGAUGAGCCAUCUAUACUUUCAGCAGCGUCUCAGUUUGGAUUUAGGCUGGUAGAUAGGUGGCCCUGUAGUAGUCCAAGCCGUGUUCAAAGCAUCAUGACUUCCUGGCUCUCAAAGAUCGACUCUAAGGACAAAAUCCCUAGUACUGCAUUAAGCAUCCUCUAUUUCCAAAGAGUAAAGUCAGAUUCAGACAGUCAAAACUAAGUGCAUCAACUAUAUGGGAAUCAAAGCUACUUUCUGAACUAAGCCAUUCAUUUAGCUCACAAAUUUUGGAUAUUUGUAACAUUAGUUAUUAUUUUCUUUUGAAGACCGUAACAUUAGUUAUUAUUUAUGAACCUUAUUUAGUCGAUUACAGAAGUUUCGGAGAAACUUUAUCGAUCUGCAGUGAGAUUCUGCCACAAAUCCUACUCAAAAUAUUGUUAAGCUCUGAAUCAUCAUCAGCAGAUUUUGAAA